CAAGAGGAGAAGGCUCAUGAUCUUGAAAACUAUAUGCAGAGAUCAUGAUAAUUGAUUCUAUAAUCUUAGGAAAUCAAUCAAUGAUUUCAGAAGAUCAAGACAUGAAAUCAUAGCACUGAACAGAGGAUAUUCUACAUAAUCACACCCUUUCAGUUUGCUCCUUAAUUAUGGGUUCAUGGGAAGCUACUUGGUUUCAAUAUUUAUACAAUUCUCUUAUAUAAAUUCACCAAUGCAAUGCUUGUUAGGGCUCAAGAAUAGAUAUAGAUAGAAUGCCUUUCUCGGUAGUAGCAGUAGUAGUAAUUUUGCUUUCAUUUUUUUGUACAGUAUUUGCACAGAGCAACUGCGGUGAUAGUAAUACUGAUACCGAUACUAACUUCGAUCAAAACUAUUACAUUACAUGGGGCAAAGAUCAUUUUCAGUCCACCAAUCAAGGAAAAGAAAUUCAGCUCUCUCUGGAUGCAUCUUCUGGUUCUGGUUUUGCAUCAAAGCUAAACUAUGGCUCAGGAUUCUUUCAUUCCAGGAUGAUGAUACCAGGCACAAAUUUGGCAGGAGUCAUCACAACUUUUUAUCUAAAGUCACCAGAUAAAUAUGGGCACGAUGAACUUGACUUCGAAUUCCUUGGAAACACAGAGGGCAAACCAAUUACCUUACAGACAAACGUGUUUGUUAAUGGCAAAGGAAAUAGAGAACAAAGAUUGAACCUCUGGUUUGACCCAACAGGAUUUCAUUCUUACAAAAUUCUUUGGAACCCACAUCAGAUUGUAUUUUAUGUGGACAACAUACCCAUUAGAGUGUUCAAGAAUAAUAGUGAUGCUGGAAUAGCCUACCCUUCACUUUCAAUGCAAAUACAAGCAAGCUUGUGGAAUGGAGAUUGGGCAACAGCCGGAGCAAAGAUCAACUGGACAUUUGCACCAUUCAAGGCUCACUUCCAAGAAUUUGGCAUUAGUGGUUGCCCAUCUCAAACCUCAAAGGUUGAUCAACAAUGUUAUUCUUCCAAGUAUUGUUGGAAUACAAAUGAAUUUUCGAAACUAAACUCUGCCCAACAAAGCCUGUAUACGAUUGUGAAGAACAAAUAUGUGUAUUAUGAUUAUUGUUCUGAUAGAGAUAGAUUUCCAACACCUCCCCCAGAGUGCCUUCAUGUAUGAUAAUGCCCAUU